AUGUCUGUGUUUAUAGCAGAAUACUUCAAAUGUAUUGCAAUUUACAUCAAGAAUAAGGAUGCAACGAUCUUGAACACCGUCAUAGGUUUAGGAACAGUGGCUGGUCAGACAGCAUACAACAUCUUAGCUUUUAACUGUCCAUGUUCACCACAGAAGAAUUACCUGUACGGUCUGGCAGCCAUCGGUGUACCAGCCCUAGCUUUCUUCGUCAUUGGAGUAAUGAUGAAUCAAAACACCUGGGACGUUGUGUCAGAGUGCCGCACAAGAAGAUGCAGGAAAUUAUCGCCGACUGCUGCGUUUGUUCUGUUGGGAUCCAUCGUGGGCAGAGCAAUUGCUGCCCCCAUCACAUGGACUGUGAUUUCGCUUCUAAGAGGGGAGGCGUAUGUGUGUGCUUUCAGCGAGUUCCUGAACUUCUCAUCCUUGGUCAAUUUCACUUCAGCUUCUCCUGGUCCUGAGAUCAUGGCCCGGUUUCCAUGUAACAGUACGCCUGUUUUGUUCAUAAACUACACAGGAGUUGUUCAACGCCAGCUGAAGUAUGAAUCUCAGCUGUUGGGAUGGUUGCUAGUGGGACUCAUCUCGCUCUCUGUCUUUCUGGUUCUCUGCUUGAAAACUUGCUUCUCUCCUCUUGGCUAUCAUCAGGAGGCGUACUGGUCUGAAUACUGCUCCAGCGAACGAGCUCUUUUCCAGCGUACAGCUGAAGUACAUGCUAAAUACCAUGCAGCUGAAAAUGUCAAGAGUUUCUUUGGGUUUGUGGCCCUGGAAAGUCAGGAGAAGCAGUUUUUUGCAGAUUGCAAAGGCAUCAAGAGCGUCAUUCCCAGACUGGAGUGGAACCGCGUCACGGGUGUUUAUUUGUACAGAGAGGUCGAUGACGCUCCCUUGUACAGUCGCUUAAGCAAAUGGGCCAUGUACACAAAUGAGCAUGACUGUUAA